AUGGUGGAAGGAGGAGUUACCACAGCUGACAAGACAGAGUUUACAGAAUGCUGGAAGACUGUAUGGAAGACUCCAUAUAUUAUGAGGCUUGCAUUUUCAGCUGGCAUUGGAGGGCUUCUUUUUGGUUAUGAUACAGGAGUUAUUUCUGGCGCAUUGCUUUAUAUUCGUGAUGACUUCGAAGAUGUUGACAAAAAUACAUGGAUGCAGGAAACCAUCGUGAGUAUGACUGUCGCUGGAGCUAUUAUUGGUGCUGCAUUUGGUGGAUAUAUGAAUGACAGGUGGGGCAGGAGAGUGGCAAUUUUAGGUGCUGAUAUCAUAUUCUUCUUCGGCGCAAUUGUCAUGGCUGUAGCUCCAAAUCCCUGGGUUAUUAUUAUCGGAAGGAUUCUGGUUGGCUUGGGAGUGGGAAUGGCAUCCAUGACCGCUCCUCUUUACAUUUCAGAAGCUUCACCUGCAAGAAUUCGAGGAGCACUCGUUAGCACAAAUGGAUUGCUGAUUACUGGAGGGCAGUUUCUGUCUUAUCUAAUCAAUCUUGCUUUCACCAAGGCUCCUGGAACCUGGCGAUGGAUGCUCGGAGUUGCUGGAAUCCCAGCUUUGGUUCAGUUUGUGUUGAUGCUUUCACUUCCCGAGUCUCCCCGAUGGCUCUACAGAAAGGAUAGGGUAGAUGAGGCGAGGGCAAUCUUGGAGAAAAUCUAUCCUGCACAUGAGGUUGAAGAUGAGUUGAAUGCCUUGAAACUAUCCGUUGACGCUGAGAAGGCUGAUGAAGCUGCCCUUGGAGAGGGCAUGAUAACUAAAGUGAAGGGUGCGUUGAAAAACCGUGUAGUUCGCAGGGGACUUUAUGCCGGUAUCACUGUCCAAGUUGCUCAGCAAUUUGUGGGUAUAAAUACAGUCAUGUACUAUGCCCCGACCAUAGUGCAGUUUGCUGGAUUUGCUUCGAACUCUGUUGCAUUGGCACUCUCUCUCAUCACUUCUGGCCUGAAUGCUGUUGGCUCCAUUGUUAGCAUGUGUUUUGUCGACAGAUAUGGAAGGAGAAGGCUGAUGCUUGUUUCAAUGAUUGGAAUCAUUUUCUUCCUCGUGAUCUUAUCAGUUGUAUUUAUGGAAGCUUCGAGCCAUGCUCCGAAAAUCAGUGGAAUUGAGUCAGCUCACUUUGGCUCAAACUCUACUUGCUCAGCAUACCUGACAGCCCCAGAUGCACCAAGGUGGAGCUGUAUGACUUGCUUGAAAGCAGAUUGUGCUUUCUGUGCUAAUGCAGCCAGCGAAUUCCAUCCUGGAGCGUGCCUGGAUUCAUCCAAGGUUGUAAGGGGUGAAUGCCGUGCUGAAAAUCGUGUGUUUUUCGAGAAGGGUUGCCCAAGCAAGUUCGGAUUUCUUGCUGUUGUACUCCUUGGACUAUACAUCAUUUCCUAUUCACCUGGAAUGGGAACCGUACCAUGGAUUGUGAACUCAGAAAUCUAUCCGUUGAGAUAUAGAGGUGUUGGUGGAGGCAUUGCUGCUGUGGCCAAUUGGUGUUCAAAUCUGAUCGUGAGCGAGUCUUACUUAAGUCUCACGGAAGCUCUUGGUGCCGGUGGCACAUUCUUCGUAUUCGCCGGAAUUUCCACCAUUAGCCUCAUAUUCAUCUACUUCCUUGUCCCUGAAACUAAAGGCCUGCAAUUUGAGGAGGUGGAGAAGUUGCUAGAGGAUGGCUACAGACCACGCUUAUUUGGAGGAAAGAAAGAAAAAUCCAAGGACCAAGUUGAAUCCACAUAA